GCUGCGCGCUGGGCUGAGUGCGGAGGGGCUGGAGCAAAGAUGGAGCUUUCGGCGGUGGGAGAGCGGGUGUUCGCGGCCGAGUCAAUCAUCAAGCGGCGGGUUCGGAAGGGCCGUAUCGAGUAUCUGGUGAAGUGGAAAGGAUGGGCUAUCAAAUACAGCACUUGGGAACCGGAGGAGAAUAUCUUAGAUGCCCGUUUAAUCGCGGCUUUUGAGCAAAGGGAGAGAGAGAGGGAGCUGUAUGGGCCGAAGAAGCGAGGCCCCAAACCCAAAACCUUCCUGUUGAAAGCCCGUGCCCAGGCUGAAGCUUUGCGGAUUGGGGAGAUGCAUUUUUCCAUGAAGCCUGGCCCGGGGUCAGCAGCCAAGCUCCCCAGCAGCAUUGCCGCCUACAAGCUGAAGAAGAACAUCCGCCGGUGCUACCGGACGUCAAAACGGAACCUGAGCCGCGCCGAGCCGCAGCCAGGCCUGAGCGGACAGAACCGGUCCCCCCUGCCCCUUCCCGAGACCGUCCGGAUCAUCAACCGCAAAGUGGAGCCUCGGAAACGCAACCGGAACCGCAGCCGGAUCAUCCUCAACCUGAAGGUGAUCGACAAGAGCAACAAGACGUUGGGCAAAGCCAAGAUCCCGUCUCGUAACCGCGUCAUUGGCAAGAGCAAGAAGUUCAGCGACAGUAUCCUCCGCAGUCAGAUCCGACACAUGAAAUUCAAUAACUUUUCCGUCUACGACAAAUCCUUCCGGACACCGGUUGGGGAUGGGAGGAGGAUGGAGAGCGACGCGGGCGCCUCUUGCUCGGAGCCAAGUUUCCGAGGUCCUGCCAUUCGCCCUGAACCCCUUCCUGCCCCUCCGUGCGCCCCCUGUUACGCCAGCGACCCAGUGCCCCCGGGCAGCGAGUGCCAGCGGUCAGGGGAGGCGCGUCAUUGCGGGGCCAAGCUCCCAGGUGACACCCCGAGCCCCACAGUUCCCGACUGGCGAGAGGCGGAGGCCCUGGACCUCUCGCUGCCCCCUGAGUCGGCCGCAGGAAGGAGGUCCCCUCCCGGGGGCCAGGAGACCGGGGCGGGCUCAGAUGCCGAGCGAGACGUGUCAGACUGGCGGCCGGAGAUGUCGCCCUGCUCCAACGUGGUGGUGACAGACGUGACAACCAACCUCCUGACCGUCACCAUCAAAGAGUUCUGCAACGCCGACAACUUUGUGAAAUCUGUGAAUAAGUAGCCCCAUGGCAGGUGGGGGAGGGGGUGGGGAAUGGAGGCCUCUAUGUAAGGGAGGGGGAGGGGGCAGCCUUGGUCAGUCCAGUAUUCCUGCCUCCAGCGGUCAUUCCCUUUGUCGGACGGGGGCUCCGUGUUCCUGAUGAUAUUUGACAGUCAGUCACAGGCACCAUUCUCAAUGCCGGUGUCAAUUGUUUAUUUUUAAAGAUGGCGUCACUUCCUGACGUCAUGCCUUGCUGUAGGUGUGCGCCCCUCUCUCCCCACCCCCCUCCCCUGCUUUCCCUGUCCCUCAUUCUCCCAUCUCUCU